AUGCCCAGCAUCUUUGCCUACCAGAGCUCCGAGGUGGACUGGUGUGAGACCAACUUCCAGCACUCAGAGCUGGUGGCCGAGUUCUACAACACGGUCAGCAAUGUCUCCUUCUUCAUCUUUGGGCCUCUCAUGAUGUUCCUGAUGCACCCCUACGCCCAGAAACGCUCCCUCUUCGUUCACGGCAUCUGCCUCCUCUUCACAGUCAUAGGCCUGUUCUCCAUGUACUUCCACAUGACGCUCAGCUUCUUGGGCCAGCUGCUGGACGAGCUCUCCAUUCUGUGGCUGCUGGCCAGUGGCUACAGCAUCUGGUUGCCUCGCUGCUACUUUCCCGCCUUCGUAGGGGGCAACAGGCUCCAGUUCUCCUGCUUGGUCGUCCUCACCACCAUGGUCAGCACCUUCCUGUCCUUCCUGAGGCCGACGGUCAACGCGUACGCCCUCAACAGCAUCGCCGUGCACAUCCUCUACAUCGUGUUCCGGGAGUACAAGAAGACCAGCAAUAAGGAGCUCCAGCAUCUCAUUGAGGUCUCUGUGGUUUUAUGGGCUUUCGCAUUUACCAGCUGGAUUAGUGACCUCCUCCUUUGCAGUUUCUGGCGGCAGAUUAAUUUUUCCUACAUGCACAGCAUCUGGCAUGUGCUCAUCAGCAUCACCUUCCCUUACGGCAUGGUCACCAUGGCCUUGGUGGACGCCAGGUAUGAAAUGCCAGACCAAACCCUCAAAGUUCGCUACUGGCCUCGGGACACUUGGCCCGUGGGGCUGCCUUAUGUGGAAAUCAUUGGUGACCACAAGAACUGCUGA